AUGGAUAUCGGGGAAGAAAAGCGUUCCAACCUUGAGGUUCAGACUAGCAAUUUCAGGACAGCCUUGAAAGGGUUUGAAAAAUUGGUUGAACGUGUAGCUGCCCAGAAAAGAGAUGAAAGAGCCGGCUUGUUUAUCCAAAAAGAAGAUGCAACUGAUUAUGACAAGUUUUAUGCAGCAGUACAGGAACUCUUCGGUCCAGAAGUGAAAAAUCAAGAUGUGAAAUGCUUUUACAGGAAACUCUGCAACAACCCUGAAGCGUCUAUAGACUGGUGUGAGAUCUUUGGAUACUUCGCCUCUGAGAAAGAUUCUCUUACUUCCCAAAUGGAUGAAGAAAAUCUGGUUUUCCUUGUUUCUAGAAAACAGCGAGUUGUAAUUUCAGGCAGCAGAAGACGAGAUGUGAUCAAGGGCAUUGUCAAGGUUCCUCAGCUGGAUUUACUAAUUACAGCUUCUCAGAAAGGACUGAUAACAAUCUUUAAUGGCCAGAUGAAAGUUCAGACCAGCACCAAAAUUACAGAUACCUCCUGGAUCACAGGAUGUGAUUACCUCUCUCAGCUGAAACGAAUUGUUGCUACUACCGAAAGGACCAUUGUCGUCUGGGAUUAUAAAGCUCAAGGAAGCAGCCAGGAAAACUAUUUUGUCAUAAAACCUAUGGACCAUUGCCUCCUCUGUGUGUGUGUAGUGUCUCUGCCUGGCCAGCUCUGCCGAGAUGACAUCCUCUUGGGGGAUGAUGGUGGUUUUGUGAACAAAUUCACAGUAAAUAGCAAUGACUUUGGACUAAAACAGGCAAAAUACAAAAAAAAAUUACAAAGUCAGGUCUUAGAUGCAAAGAACUUUAAAAGUGUUAAAAGGAAGCUACAUAAUGACUGGGUUAUGAAAAUUAGAUAUAUUCCAGCCCUAAAUUGCUUUGGAUCCUGCUCCUUAGACAGUACUCAUUCACUAGUUUUGGAAUCCUUGAAGAGACUUGAGGAUAAUUUGCCUGUCAGAGAGUUUUCCAUGCCAAGAGGAGCAAACGCUUUUUGUUACUGUGUAAAAACGAAUGUGAUUGUCACUGGAGGAGACGAUAAAGUGCUCCGGCUGUGGCAUCCCAGCAUCAGCACCAAGCCAGUGGGGAAACUUGUGGGGCACACGUUCAGCAUCACCGACAUCGUAACAAAUGAGAAGGACCAACAUGUAAUCAGCCUUUCUUCCGCAAAGGUUUUCAGGGUGUGGGAUAUACAGACUCUUUCACUAUUACAAGUCUUCCAUGACAGCCAGGGAGGACCCGGAGACAUGCAGAUUUACUCUAUGGUAUUUGAUGCCAAUCACGGCAUGCUUAUUACAGGAUCUAGUGUUAUGGACAUGUAUCCUUUAACUAGGAUGAUACAAGAUACAAAACAGGUUCCUCACACUCAUGAAUGGGAAAUCAAUGUCAUGCUUUACAACAGAUAUUUUCACCAAGUACUUACUAUCUGCUCUGAAUCCAUAAUUAAGGUAUGGGAACUCGAGACUGGCCUCCAAAUAUAUCAGAUUUCAGACCCACAUGGCUUCAAUGUUGAACUGACUUCUGCCGCUGUCGAUGAAAGUGGAUUUCUUUUUGCCACAGGAGCAUAUAACGGAACAGUUAAAAUCUGGGAUUUUGGCAGUGGGCAAGAGAAGAAAGUGUUGCCAGAAAGGAAAGACUGGAAGGAGGAGGAGCACUGGUUGCAACGCUUGAUUUUCCUGAAAGCUCAGGAAAAACACCAGUAUUUGCUCCUCUCUUUGGAGCGCAGCGGGAAGAUCAAAAUGAUCCAGGGUAAGGAAGACGAUAUUUACCUGGCGGUGAUAUGGGAGCUGCCUGACGUUGUGCGUGUCCUGCAAAACGGGAACCGUAUUGUGCAUCUGAGGACAUCCAAUAAAAAUAGGAGCAUGGUUAUUCCCAUCCCAGAUGUGGAGUUGAUAAUUGAGAAAAACUUUUCUCAACAUGCUAAUAAUCCUGCCAUCAGUACAGAAGUGAACUGCAUUGAUUUAUUACAAGUAGAAGGAUAUAACAUGAUAGCUGCUGGAACUUUAAAUGGAGUGAUCAUCUUAUGGAAUUUUGUAACAUCUACUGUCAAAGAAGUGUACAGACCUGAAGAUUGCUUCACUGUGGACCGUGACUUGGAUCCUAAACGCUUUAGAAUUAAUGACAUACUGUUCCUCUUUCGUAAACCUGAAUGUGCAAGGAGAUCAAGUCAGGAUUCCAUAUGUUCUUCAUCCCAAUGUGAUUCUAGCAAAGGUCCACAGAGUAGCAAGGGAAGCAAACAGAGCAUACAUGACAGUGAGGUUAAAGGUGUGCAAACAGAUGUCAUGGGAGGACAGCAACAGCCAGUGGAUAAAAAACAUCUUGGAGGCACCAAUUUAACAGACACUCAGCCACCUAUCCUUGUCACUGCACAUGAAGAUGGACACCUCCGCCUGUGGACUAUGGAGGGAAGACUACUGAAAGAUUUUCUACCUUUCACAAAACACACUGCUGUUUCUCUGACAUCGCUGUAUACUGAUUCAUGCGCCAGAAUACUACUGACUGGCAAUGUGGAAGGGCAUGUUAUCCUUUGCAGCAUUAGUUCCUUCCUGGAUCCCCCUCAUGAUGAAAAGAAAUUCAAACAGCUGCUUGCCUGGCGUGCUCAUUCUUUAGAAACUAUUCAAAUAAUCUAUGUAGAAGAUAAACAAGUGGUGCUUACGGCCUCCAUCGAUGGCUCAGUAAGGCUCUGGCAUGCCCUCAGUGGUCAUUACUGUGGAUAUUUUGGACAGCGAAGAGUCUUUGAAAUAUCACAGACAAGUGAUUUUAUUUUGCCUUGUGAUGUUAAUGAAUAUCCCAUAGAAAUAAAAGAAGAAAGCAAGUUCACAGAAAAGAAGCAAAAAUAUGAAUAUCCUCUGGUAUUUGACCAGGAAAGAUGGAAAAAAAUGAGCUCAAUGUCUUUGCUUUUCAAACGUACACCUCCUAAGGCCUUUGAAGUGGAACAUGAUUUUAAGUAUUUCAAGUGUCUUUCUACUCCCAAGAUUCGAAGACAUGCUUUAGAAGGUUUCAAGACUGAAAACAGAAAGGCGGGGAUUGUUUUUGGUUCUCUGCCUAUAUACAGGAUACCAAGCCCCCCUAGUCUAAGACUGCUUCCACUAAUUGGUUCAGAAGCACAAAUGGAGUCUACAGAUGGCAUUUCAGGAAAGAAGAAGGGGCGUCAUGUUCAACAUGAAAAAACACAACGGAAGAAAAGUCUGAAAAGAAAUUUGGUCCCACAAAUAAAUCUGACUUCUUCUUUCUUCCCAAGCAUCCCCAAAUGAAGAGAGAAAAAUCAGAAGUGGCUGUUUUGGCCUGAGCUGUACAUCAAAUGGCAAGGUCUGACUGAUAGUCUAGUCUUUAUCUCAGGGUGAAAGUGAAGGGUCCAUCAGACACUGUCACCCAUAUCUGUAUCCUCAAGCCAUCCUACUGAUGGAGAAGAUUACUCAGGGAGCUCAGGUGGCCUCACCUCUGAGUAUGA